AUCUUCCUGACUGCAGAAAACAUGGCAGACGAACACGCACGGAAGUGGGACCGCUGCCUUGCUGACACAGCGGUGAAAACAGUAACGGGCCUCGGUGUUGGCAUUGUGUUCUCGCUCAUUGUCUUUAAACGUCGCGCGUGGCCUUUGUCAUUUGGUUCAGGCUUGGGACUGGGCAUGGGCUACAGCAACUGCCAACAUGACUUUAGGUCACCAUAUCUGAUUCAUGGUCGCAUGGUUAAGGACCAGUAAUGAAGGACUGAAGAUGACAAGGGCUUUCUCAUCUGUUUAUUGUAAUCCUUGUUUUUGUUUUUUGUUUUUUUGGGGGGGG